UCUGGUUUGCUGUCAUGGAGGGAGCAGUUUAAUUGACUUCUAGUUGAAUUCUUUUGCAGCUGCUACGCCGGGUGACCCUUACUUUGCCAUUUUUCGUUGGGGACUGUGUGAAAACAGAUUGUAUGUAUCUAGGACUGAAAGCUGUGGCCGUGCGUAUCUCUGAAUGAGAAGAUAAGAGGGUUUGUUUUGAAACUGGAGGCGGGACUGUUCAAAAAGUGUACAGCUUUGUAUGUAAAUAUACCAGUUCUGCUUAUAGGCUAGGGCACAAGCCAGCGGUUCAGUGAGCCUAAGGGUGUUUUACAUUAAAAUGCAAAGCCUGACAGGAUCAGUGUGUCUAACAUAAGACAGCUUCUUGAUUAGCAUGGGACUGGGCGGCUGACUCGUUUCCUGCCCCCUUUCACUAGCUGCUCGCUGUAUUCAGAAGCAGGGGAGCCAUUCAGGAAAAAAAGAAGCAGCAGAAGCAGUAGAAGCAAGCAGCAGAGGAGCCUAUCAGCUGAGCUAUUUCAAACAUUUGUAACCACUUCAAGUCCGGCCCUCCCCGUGCCUGCAGAAGCAAGAGCCAGUGUCUGAGAAAUAGCUUGAAAGAAGAGGAGGGUGAAUGACAGCAGAGAAAAUACUCAGCCAUGGCUCCCAGACUUCAUUAGCUCUGGAUCUCACAGGAAUAAAUAGCUUCCAGGACAUAUGUAGCCUCUGUGUUUUCUGAGCCUCUCUCUCACACUCACUAACACACACACACACACACACUCACACCCUGUGUGUGUGUGUGUGUGCAAAGAGCAGCAGCUGCAUGGCAGUUAAAAUGAAGAUUGCCUCCUGAUUAAUGUAUCUUGCCUCAGCGUGCUUCAUUGGUUCUUUGAUUGGAUUUUGAUAGGUGAAGAAGAGGAUUUUUAUUUUUACAGAGAUUGGCACUGUCUCCCUUCAGCGGCCUGGAGAGCCCAGUUUUAGGUCAAAACCAAAAGGCUGAGUUUUUUUUUUUUUUUUUUUUUUUACUUGUUUGGGCCUUUUGUGUUGCAGCUCACAGUUGGCUAAGCGCUCCCGUGCUGAAUUGAGUUAUUGUUUGAAUCCCAGGGCUUUUCACGCUGCAAAUCUCUGGGUCCCCCCACCUCCUCCUCCUCCUCCUCUAAUACCCCCUCCCCUCUCUUUUUGGCUGAGAAGCCACAUUAUGUGCCUCUUUUGCACAUGAAUCUGGAAACUACAAGAUUGCAAAUUAAGUGUAAUGCAUUGUGGGACGUGUGUAAAAUUGGAUCAGUCGGGGAAAAGGAAAGGGACCCAAAGCCGGCUCUCUCUGUGUCUAAGGCAGUCGCAGCACCAGCAGCCGUAGUGUGUUUGUAGUGUGUGAGUGUGCAUGUGCGUGUGUGUGUGUGUGUGUGAGUGUGUGUGUGUGUGAGUGCCAGUUUGAUUUCCCUCCUGCCAUGCCUCCAUUCUGAUCUUCCAGGGCAAACAUAGCAUAAAGCUGUGGAGCCUGGCUAAUGCUGCGAAAGGAUUAAGCUGCAGGUAGUCCCUGUCACAAUGAAGAAGACGCGGAGUACGAACCUGCGCCGAGCCUGGCCUAGCUCUGAUUUCUCCGACCGGGCCUCUGACCGCAUGAGGUCCCGCAGCGAGAAGGACUAUCGUCUGCACAAACAUUUCCCACCGGCUAUUAUCUCCCAGGCGUCUCGAGGAUACAUGACAUCAGGUGAUGUGUCACCCAUCAGUAUGUCUCCGAUCAGCCAGUCACAGUUUAUCCCACUUGGGGAGAUCCUUUGCUUGGCCAUCUCAGCAAUGAACUCUGCAAGGAAACCGGUCACACAAGAGGCACUGAUGGAGCACCUAGCAACCUAUUUCCCAGGUGUACCCACGCCCAGCCCAGAAAUUCUACGACAUACGCUGAACAUGCUAGUCAGGGAAAGAAAGAUUUACCCGACUCCAGAAGGUUACUUCAUUGUUACUCCACAGACUUAUUUUAUAACUCCUUCUCUUAUAAGAACCAAUAGUAAAUGGUACCAUUUGGACGAGCGGAUACCUGACCGACCACAGCAAUGUACCUCUCCCCAGUCUGGAACUGUUACACCAUCCACCUCAGGCUGUGUGAGGGAGCGGGUCCACCACAAAAACCACUGCGACUCUUACAACUGUUACCGGGACGACAUGAACAGUAUGCAUGCCUCCACCCUCCAGAGAAAGUCCCCCAAGGACUGCAAAGACUCCUACUGCCCCCCUUCCCUGUACCAACCACCUGCUACUGAAAAGAGCAAGAGCACGAUCAACUUCUCGUAUAAGACUGACACGCUGAGCAAACACAAGGAAGGCGGCAUUAGUGGGGAGAAGCAGGCCAAGAAGUUUGGUCUAAAGUUGUUCAGGCUGAGUUUCAAAAAAGACAAGACGAAACACCUGGCCACCUUCUCGGCCCAGUUCCCCCCAGAGGAGUGGCCCCUGAGAGACGAGGAUACACCUACCACAGUUCCCAAGGAUGUGGAGAUGGAAAUUAUCCGUCACAUUAACCCCGACCUAACUGUGGAGAAUGUCAUGAGGCACACAGCGCUGAUGAAGAGACUGGAGGAGGAGAAGGCGCAGAGAAGCAAAGCAGGAUCCUCAGCUCAGCACAGCAGCAGAAGCAAGAGAAGCCGGGGCCACCGGAAAGCCCACGGUAAAUCCCGGUCACACAGUAAAACCGGGGCAUCCAAAGGAGAUCCCUCAGAGAGCUCUCAUUGGGACCUAGCCGGUGAACGGGAUUAUGAAUUUUAUAGCUCCUCCCUCGUCAGGUCCCCGCGUGAAGGAAGUUUUUUAGUGGAGCGUAACAGGGAGAAUUUUAUUGUACACAGCAACCCCAAUAUUGUUGAGUCUCACUUCCCAGUCACGCCUGAAUGGGAUGUGUCAGGAGAGCUUGCAAAAAGGAGGACUGAAAUGCCCUUCCCUGAACCGUCCAGAGGAACCUCGCACUCCAAGGUCCAUCGCAGCCAGAGUCACACCCAGGACAGAAAGUCUCGGAAUGAAAGGUCUGACAAAGCCAAGGAAAGGUCCCGCUCCAUGGACAACUCCAAGGGCCCACUUGGGGCUGCUUCUGUAGGCACAGCAGAGGACCAAGAAGGCUGCAACCCAGAUGACAGAGGACACGAUCAUUACUAUGUUGAUGAUGGCACAUUGAGACCUUCCCAGGCUUACCACUAUCAAAGAAUUUUGCUUUCUGCUGCUAACAUUAAUGCUGAGGCUUGUGUGCCUGAUAUAGUUAAGGGGAACUUGGAAGACCCUGCAGUCUAUAGUCCACUGGAACACAGCAAACCCAGAGACAGUUUACCGGCCAACAGCAAGCUCAAACCUUGCUCCCCAAAGCCAACAGCAGACGAUUACAUUCAGUGCAAUGCAUCAAACGAAACCGUCCUUACAGCUCCCUCUCCUUUAAGGAAAUAUGACCAUGACACCUUGACCUUGUCAGACGGAGUCAAAAAAGUUUUCCCGAUUGACCGGCAGACCCCCACCCCCACCCCCACCAGAGACUCCUGUGAGUUCCAAGAGGACACUACUACAAAGGGACAAAACGGCAUCAGUUUACAGGUGCCCAGCCCGAUGCCAGAAAUAAUACCAAAUGGCCGUUUGAUACACCAACACAAUGCCGAGUCCACCACCAGUGACAAAAGGAAAGAGAUUUUUAGCAAGGACACUUUGUUCAAACCUCCCCACAAUGCAUUGACUGUUGGUUAUGUAGAAAACAGCUACCCAAAAUCUGGUACACUGCGGAAAUCAGCAGAGGUUCUCAACAACGGUGAGCAUUUUGAGCUGCCUAGCCAGCUCUCUGUUUCACCCAGCACCUUGGCACCACAGGGAUCCACGCAGCCACCUGGGGGCCAGGAAGCCAGUUUUGACUAUUACAAUGUGUCGGACGAUGACGACUCAGAUGAGGCGACGCACAAAAACACAGAGGAGGAGAAGAUCAAGGAGGACGGUGGGACCAUGCAGUGGCUACUUGAGCGAGAAAAAGAAAGGGAUUUACAGCGGAAGUUUGAGAAGAACCUCACCCUUCUAAGCCCAAAGGAAAGUGACAACAAUAACAGCCAAAAGUCUGCACAUUCUGCCCGUCUUGACAGCAUGGACAGCAGCAGCAUUACGGUAGACAGUGGAUUUAACUCUCCACGAACUCGUGAAAGUCUGGCUUCCAACACCUCAAGUAUUGUCGAAAGCAACAGACGUCAGAAUCCAGCUUUGAGCCCUGGUCACGGUGUAAGCAGCAGCACUAAAGCUUUUAACUUCCGAUCCACUGCAGACCCUCCCACCACCGAACCUGAGAAACUGCAGAAACCUUCAAACUGUUUAGCUUCUAUUACCAGUGUUUGAAAGCUGUCCGUAGCAAAGAUUCACAUUGCACCCAAGCUAUGUCGUGCACAAUGCUCAGACUGUUACUCCAGAGAUGACUAAGGACUUCAAGUCUUUUGUAUGGGAAAAGCAUGUUACAGGUAAAUCUUAUCCCUAAAACGUAUGGUGGUUCCCAGAUUAAACAGAAAAUAAAAUGGAAGCAUAGCUGUUUUUCACAAACCAUGCCUCAUUUGGGCUGCUUUAAAAAAAAAAGUCAUAUUCACUUCCCAAUGUGGGCCAACAUUUCUUUUUUUUUUCUCCAUGUACAGUACUUCACUUUUUGGGACCUGAAGUCAACUUCCUUUUUAUUUCAUGAUAUAUAUUUGUUAUAAUAUUUCCUUUUUUUAUUGCAGUUGAAAAAAUAAAUAAAUAAUAAUACUCAGGUCUCAAAUGGUUAAACCAUAAUACUGACAGUUUUUACUAUAUGUAGCAGUUUAGUUUGACCAAGAUACACCAACUGUGUAUACUGUAGUGUCCCUGACCGUCUGAAAAUGACAAAUCUGACUGCAUCAUCGAAAGUUAAAAUGAGCUCCCUGGGUCAUUGUUGUUUGAUCAGUGGUUUGCUUAUAUGCAUAAUGUUACUAAAAGCAGUCCAGCUGCUACUGAGGUUGUCUAAAUUACUUGAUAAAAAUCCAGCUUAAUGAACUGAGUUCUAAGAAGUUAUGUUUACAUAGGAUUCUGGUCUUUUGGCACAUCACUUCCCUUUGAUGUAAAUAAACCUUAGACAAUUGACCUAUUGACUUCACAGUGAGUUCAAAGCUAGUGAAUGACAGAGUUUGUAUCUAAACAGCUAAUUAUUUGGUAGUUGACUCUGUGGGACUUUAAAAAAAAAAAACAAUGAACCCUUUUCCCCCAUAUAAACACCUCUGUCUGUCACCUGCAAUCCAACCAAAAUGACAACUGGUGGCAAACCAGCCUACAAUUACGACUUGUGACAACUUCAAGGCUCCAGGAUUGCUAUCUGCUGUUAUACAGCUGAAAAUGUAUGUACUCUCUAUGGCAGGCCUCUCUUUAUUUUGUUUUAGAACAGGAUAAGGUUUAAUUUAUGAAUGCACACAGCAUGUAAUAAAUUAAAUUACUUCCACUGACUAACUCAUUUUUUUUUUCAAUCACAAAGAUACAAUGAUAUCUGUGUAUGUAGACAAUCAUAGUUACUGUUGGCUUUUGGCCAUGACAACGUAUAACAGUAAAGCAAGACCUUUUUCUCUGAGACAAAUCUAUGAAUUAACAUUUAUUUCAGGUGCUAAAAUGUCUAGUAUCACCUACUUAUCUGUUUAUAUUAAUCUGUUGUUAACUACAAUUGGCUUGUGAAAUGUCCAAAAAACAGUUUCUCUUCCAGAGGAGCAUGUCGAGUCCGUACAGAUUCAAAACACAAGGUACACUACAAUUCAGUUUUGAUUUUACAGUUUUAUUAUUACUAUACUACAUACAUACAUAACUACCUCCACGGCUUUUGUAAAAAAAAAAAGCCGUGAGACUUGUGAAGGUUCUUUGCCUAAUAAAACUAGAUGUUCAUAUCAGCCUGUUUCCUUCCUGAAUGUUUCUGUGAUGGAUCUUUUCAGAUGGCUUAUUCAACAAAAGCAUUAAAUCAGUGUUGUAUGUGACAACUUUCUUUUGUUGAGAAUUCUAUACGUUUUAAUUGAAUCCUAAACUGUUGGUCUACAUAGGUUUUGUUGUAUUCUCAUAGCAGCUACUUGAACGAGUAUAAAAUAAGUAAGUCUCUCACCCUGGACAUUUCCUAAAGAUGUAGGGCAGGAUUUUCAAAAAACAGUGUUAUUUUAUCAAACUCGUGGUAUAGUAACAAGAGCUUUAGUAGCAAGUGAUUUUCAAAUGAAAUGUGUUAAUUAAAUCAAUCCGUUAAUACUUUGAAAUUGAGUCGAUGAGGUCAUUAAUGAACGCAUUUCUCAUUAAAAAGCUUAAUUGUCGCAGGUCACAUACAUCACUUCCUGUUUCAACGACUAGAUAAGGGGAACUCGUUAAUCAAAAUGCAUGUUAACGAGAUGAAGACAAAUGAAUGGAGGCACAAUUCGCUGUCAUGGAAACUACUACUAGCGUACAGGGAGGUGGCUCUCCCACCAGCGAGCAGCAGCCACAUGGAAAUAAAAAAUAAUGAGAGUACCUAUGUUGUGCAUAAUUUGUAAACUUAAUUUAAAAUGGUGCAUUUUGUCAUCCAGAAUGUACAUUUAUUUAGAACACUUCACAUAUAAAAUGCUGAUUUACAAUGAUCUGGCGUGUGGGUAAAAAUCGGACGGCACGGAUUAAAAAUUAAACCCCACUAGUCAUUUACCUUCUUUUGUGGGGAUAUUUUGCCACAGUUUACUAUAUACAACUCUUUUAAUGUGCAUUUUGCAAUAUUUUUUUGGUUAAAAAGAAAAAAAAAUACCGUAAGCCAACCAUGGUUGAAAUUUAUUUACUUAUGUUGACAUCUACUUUUGUAUGUAUUUUAGUAUGUACAGUUGCAGGCUAUAAAUAAAUAUGUUUGAAGUACCAUUUGUGUUUGUAGUUGUUAGCUAUAUUAUACAUGUAUACCAUGUAUGUAACACUUCAUUAUAUAUUUAUUAAGCUUUUGAAAUUACGAUAGAAAUCCCAAACCAAUACACAAUUUGUUUAUAGUUAAUUGUUCGGUGAAUUACCUGGUAAAGUGCGAGGGAGUCGGACAACAUUAAAUACGUUUAGGCAAAUUCCAUGUCCAUGAUCUCGAUCCCAUUCCUAGUGGAUCUGUGUGUCCUUGUACGCCUGUUCUUUGUUCUUGUGUGGAUAAGACACAGGUGUUAAAAGCCAAGGACGCAUUGCAAAUCCGCAAUCACCUAAGGAAACUUUAUUGUAAUAUCUAAUAUGCUGUUUUCUAUAACAAGAUUUCAGUUGUAUAAUUCAAAUAAAAUCUACAGUAGAGGUCAGCUGUCAUAUAAUGUACGUAUGCAGAAUUCUGUUUCAAGGUGAGUUAUAUACUGUUUCGUUAAUUAAAACCCUCCUUUUCCAAGUGCAAAUUAACUCCUGAUAAAUUAUGACAAUUAACACAGAUUUGCUUUUAAAUUCCCACACAAACAAAAUAAAUAGUUGCAAGAAGCACUGCUCGUUAAGAUAUUAAAAUUUCGUAAAUCGACAUAAUUUCGGAAAUCACAUUAGGACGAUUAUUUAAUAACGAAAUAGGCAUAACAACCGCUUGAAUAUGCCUCAAUCAAUACUACAUACAGUUUCCUUGAUUAGCACUGGAGUUAUCAUUUACAACCUUUUGAAAAUCCUGCCCAUAAUGUCCUAUUUUUCCUUUAAAAAGAACAUCCAUACCAUUUUCAUAUAAUGUUAAAAAAGGUAGUUAUCUUUUACUGCUGAAAAUAAAAUUCUCAAUAAAAAAAUGGAGAAUUGGGCAACUAGGAACUAGACUGUCUACUUUCUGGGUGCAACGAAUCAUUUCAUUCUGCUGCUAUCCACACCAGCCAAGGCCCACACACAAUUAGUAUUGUAAUUCUUAUUUUUUAAAUGUGUGCACUAUACCUCUGCUGUUCAGGACCUUGAAGUCAGCUGUUAUUAUGUCACAUCUGUGGGCCUCACUAUGAUAAUAUUAUCCAUUAUUUAUAACAUGUUACAUUAUUUAUAACAUUUUACAUUAUUAUAAUGUAGUUCUGAGGUAUGUUGCACCAGUAUUCACUUUUAUUAAUUUAUUCAUAUGGUGCUCCCUUUCUAAGAAUUCUCCUUUAAACCACCAUCCUCUCCAAAACCACCACAUUUCUUGUUUACUGUUACCCAGUGUUAAAGGGGGAGGCAGAUACUUGUCUUUAACAAGCUUAAGACUGCUCAGCAACUCUCAUUUCUUCAUCUCAAAUUGUUCUGUGACCUGUGCUGAAAGAACCAAGAGAGGGGAAAGGUGAAAACAUCACAUGACUGGUCAGUCAGUUAACUGUCCACUGUUAGAAGUAAAAUGAGCUGAAAGCUAGUCAGAGACUGCUGUACAGAAAAUGAUUAAAACUCAGUAUUGAAGUAGCAGAACUCUUAUUCACUGAGAAUGAUUGAAAUCGUGACGAGAAGAACUAUGAACUUGGCAUUUGAAGAGAUUUUAUGUUUAUUGUUAGAUACAGUCACAAGUGGAUUGGCUGAAAGCACAGUGAGAACACAGCUUUCCACAACCAUCCGUCCUCUUAUUAUGGUUCAGUGGACGUAAAUCAAAAGCAGUCCCAUACAGCACAGCACUUGCUUUACUAUAUUAUAAGUUUUUUCAUUUCUAGUUAGAUUCUUUUUUUUAAAAUUCUAUUUCUAGUUAAAUUUUUCUUAAUUCCAUGUAACACCAUAAUCAAGUGAUCUUGAUCCUGCUUGGAGUCAAUGCAUUUACAUGCUUUUGCAAAUUAGUUCAAAAUGCUAACAGAUUUUAGUCUGUCAGAAAGGAGUAUUGCAGCCAAGACUGCCUUGUAUAAACAUGUUUGCACUGAAUAGACUGGUCUCUGGUUGCUGUAAAGUUCAUCCAGAUGGAUGCUUUGUUUAUAUUGUAUAAUAUUUCAUAUGAAAUAAUGACACUUCAUGAAAUGUCUUCCCUUAACAUAACUGAUUUAUAACAGCAUACAAUAACAUUGUUUUUAAUUGUGGCCGUGUACCAUACUGUAAAUUAUGUUUAUCUGUCAUGCUUAGCGUAACUUAAAAAAUAAAAAAUAUUAAAAAAAAACAUGGAUUUGUUUUUUGUAAUGUCUAUAAUAUUUGAAAGUCCCUUUUGUGUGGUAAUAAUGGUGUUUACUGUUGUUGUAGUGUAUGUGAAAUACCUAUUUGGAGUUGUGGUACUUACUUUUUAAAACAAUAAAAUAACAUAUU